AUGACUUCCUUGGUUGGAGAUCCCUCUGAGCCAGACAGCCCGGAAGAGGCUGCUUUGGACGUGCUUCACCUCGUCCCAAAGGGAAGGGCAGCCGUUCUGGGCGCAGAGGAGAUCACCUACCACGGCAGCAUCAAGCCGGAGGCCGGCGUCUGUUGGGUAUCCUUUCCCGGCAAGUUCAAGUCUGGCUGGGAUGCCCUUGUGGCAGAACGACAUGGGGACAGUGUGGCCUGCGUGUUCCUGUGCAAGGCCAGCGACGGGCUCGGUCAGCACGAGAAGGAUCCGGAGAGCGAGGAUGGCUGUUGCUACUGCCCACGCAUCUACGGAGAACGCGAUUUCAAGACCUUUGGAUACCUGCACAACAUCAAGAAGGAGCGUGCAAAGUGCACGGAGAAAGAAAUCGACAUGAUCUACGAGAAGGCCACGGCCAUGAAUGCCGCGGUGAUAUUUGUGGAUGACAGCCCAGAGGUGAAAAGGCAAAAGGAGAAGGAGGCCGAGCAGCUUUAUCGAGAUUGCGGGAAGACUGCGGCGUGGGGGUGCCGCUGGUAUGUUGUCUGGCUAGAGCACGUCGAAGAAGCCGUGCAACGAAAGCAGCGGUUAAAAGUCGUAUUCUUUCCCAACGAGGUGGACAAGGGCUUCGUGCCGAUGAAGGAUCUGCGGACUGCAAACCUCUGGGAUGGAGUGGGCUGCGGCGGUUCUCAAAAAUGUGAGAUAGCCACACUCAAG